AGCAAACACAGUCCAUCAUGACGUCCAACACCACCAAUGUAGAGGGUCUUGCUCUCACCUCAAACCUGCCAGAUACCGUGCCUGGUCUCCUUCAAACCGUUGCGAGCCAUGGGAAAGACCUCCUCGCUCAGGAUCCCGAAGCACGAUUGAAGCUGCUAGAAGCUGCCCGAUCAUUGACCUAUGCAUUGGAAACACCCCGAGAGGCCAUUAUUCGACACUGCUGGUCCGAGUCUACAAGUUAUGCAGCACUCGAGAUUGGUGUUGAUAUAAAUCUCUUCGCUGCUCUCGGCACAGAUGACAAACCGAAGACUGUCGCAGAGCUUGCCGAAGCAACCAGCGUGGAUCCAAUCUUGCUCGGGCGAUUGAUGAAGCAUCUCGCUGCGAUGGGAAUAAUAACCGAGACCGGCUACAACGAGUACUGCCCUACUGGGUUCUCAAAAGUCCUCACGGUUGAGAGAUAUAGCGACGCAUUCCCGCUCAUGAGCCGCCGUUUCACCAAAGGCAUUCUGGCGCUACCGGCCUUCCUCAAGAAAAACAACUACCAAAACCCUACAAGUCCCACAGACACAGCUUUCCAAAUGGGCCAUGAAACAGACAUGGGUUUCUUCAGCCAUGUGCAACAGGAACCGCUCACAGCAAAGCAGUUUAAUAACCACAUGUCGGCGUACGCGCAAGGCCGACUCCGCUGGAUGGAUCCCGGUUUCUACCCGGUCCAAGAGCAGCUUAUAGAUGGGGUCACGAUUGGCGACGACGAUGUCCUGCUAGUUGAUGUCGGAGGUAGCUUUGGUCAUGAUUUAUCUGAUUUCCGUCGGAAAUGGCCUGGCCUCCCCGGUCGUCUGGUCCUUCAGGAUCUUCCCGAGGUCGUGAUUUCUGUUAAGGAUUUGCACCACUCUAUUGACGUCACCGGUCAUGAUUUCUUUACUGAGCAACCAGUCAAAGGAGCCCGCGCGUACUAUAUGCAUUCUGUUCUCCAUAACUGGUCCGAUGAGCUUUGUCGCAAGAUCCUCGCUAACACUGUGGCCGCCAUGCGGCCCGGCUAUAGUAAGGUGUUGGUGAAUGAGAAUGUGAUUCCGGACACCGGGGCCUACUGGGAAGCCACGAGUUUGGACAUGCUUAUGAUGGGGCAUCUUGGAUCUGGCGAGCGUACGGAACGCCAAUGGCAUGCAUUGCUGGAGUCUGCUGGACUGAAGAUUGUCAAGAUUUGGACUGCACAGAGGGGCGUGGAGAGUUUGAUUGAGUGUGAGCUAGCUUGA